AAGGGAGAGGAGACUGUAGCCAAAGUGGCUAGCUAGCAAAAAAACUGAAAAUAGUAAUGGACUUGUCAUGAAACUUUAAGGAAUGUCUCUCUCAUCACACAGCCAGAUGCAGAUGAAGAAAAAACAGCCUCGGUGCUUCAUGUGCAUGAGAUGAGCACAGAUGAGCAGUGUGUGUUUAUGUAGUGAAACUGCUCUUGUUCGUGUGAAUGAGUUGUAGAUGCUUUAGCUAAUGGUUAGCAGUCUAUUAUCAACAAGCUAAUGCGAAAUGCCAGUGUCGUCGUCAUUUUCCACCCAGAUCUUUCUUUUGAAAACGAAAAGGGGGAAUCAAUUCUCUAAAGUGAUGACAAGGACUAUGGUGUUCACAUGACCAACAUUUCCCAUUCACAUGGGAAGAUUCUGCAGUUAGCAUCUAACGGUCAGCAGUUAGGACCGUCUCAUGCCCUCACCUGCCCAGGUGUGUAAGGAUGAAGAAGAUCAGUCUCAAGAUGAUCAGAAAGUCACUUAACAUAAAGGGCAAAGAAGAUGGGGAUUUUGUCAUGCUCCAGCAGCCAUCUUUAGCUGCUGAGUUCACCAAGGACGACUCUGUCUUUGGAGGUUGUUACACUAAAGCUCUGGUUGGUUGUGAUCUUAACGUGGAGGAUGAGAAGGGUUACAAGAACAGAUCGAAGAGUGAGAGUCUUAUGGGCACUCUAAAAAGGAGGCUGUCUACAAAACAGAAAGCUAAAGUCAAAGGGGGCCCCUCAGCAGUGGGCUCUGGAGAUGACGAUGACUCCUUCUCUUCCUCGUCAGUCCCAAUAAGCUUUAAUGAAGUCAAAGCCCAGCGCCCUUUAAGAUCCUCGUCUCUCCGAAGCCAUCAUUACAGCCCUUCUCCAUGGCCUUUCAGGCCUGUGAGUUCAGAGGAAGCUUGCAUCAAGAUGGAGGUGAAGUUAAAAGCCAUGGUCCACUCUCCCAACCUUAGUCCCUCCCUCAAUGGCAUCAGAAAGGAGAUCCAUGAUGUCCAAUUAGAAGGUCUGUUCCAAGAUCAGAGAGACUCUUUGAAGGACAUGGAGGCUCAAAGUGGUAACUUGCAUUUGAACAUUGAGGAUCAUGUGCCUAUUGGACUCACACCUCAGGACUACAUCCAGUACACAAUGCCUUUAGAUGACGGAAUGUACCCUGGUUCAUCCCAGUCUUUUUGCUUAGAUGUCCCCUUGCCUAUGGAAGUGGUAGAUCAAGUCGAAUCUAACUCGCUUCACAUGGACCAGGCCCAAGAUGAUCUCAUGCCAUCAGACAUUCUUAUGGACCAGUCAGUGAAUGGGCACCUACCUGGUACUCCAUCAAUGGUCUUUUCCAAUUCCAGAGCCGAUACACCUUUAUUUUCUCCCUCACUCUCACCUCUUUCCACAAUUGAAAUUCCAAGGACCCUCUCCGGAUUCAGUGGUGCAGACUCUCACGUUGUGGAGAGAGUGAGGCAUCAUCUGAACUUUGAUCCCAGUUCUGCUCCCGGUGUUAGCAGAGUGUAUGAUUCUUUCCAAAACAGUGGACCCAUGGUUGUUACAAGCCUUACAGAGGAACUUAAAAAACUGGCCAAGCAGGGUUGGUACUGGGGACCUAUAACUCGAUGGGAGGCGGAGGAGAAGCUAAUCAACCUUCCAGAUGGUUCCUUUUUGGUGAGGGACAGCUCAGAUGAUCGCUAUCUCCUCAGCUUGAGCUUUCGGUCACAGGGAAAGACGCUCCAUACCAGGAUUGAACACUCAAACGGCAGGUUCAGUUUUUAUGAGCAGCCAGAUAUAGAAGGUCACACUUCCAUAGUUGAUCUCAUUGAACAUUCUAUAAAAGACUCGGAAAACGGUGCGUUCUGUUACUCAAGAUCGCGCUUGCCAGGGUCGGUCACGUACCCAGUUCGGUUGACCAAUCCUGUCUCUCGGUUCAUGCAAGUCCGUUCGCUGCAAUAUCUUUGCCGAUUUGUCAUUCGACAGUACACACGGAUUGAUCUGAUUCAGAAACUGCCUUUACCAAACAAAAUGAAAGAUUAUUUGCAGGAGAAGCACUACUGAACUGACUGCAGUGGGAUACGGUAGUGAAUUGCACUUUUUGUUUAGUGAUGCAUUCUUAAAACAGUUUACAUGUAUGGAGGUAAAGGCUUGACUUGUGUCAAAAGCAUAGGGCAACUAUCUGAUCUUCCCACAAAUAUGAGCGUAAAUUUGUUGUUGCUCAGAUUCAGUGUUUAAUUUUCAAUAGGGCUCGUCAUGGCUGCAUGGUAAGAAACAUAUUCAGGAUUGGGAUGCCAUUCCUAAUGAAUUUAUAGGCAUACAGAUUAUAUGAAUAUGAAUAGCAGAUGCUGUUUUGAAAGCUUGGAUUGAGUUGUGCAUUGACAGGCAAAACAGUUAUGUUGCUGUAAAGCUUCAGUGUUUGUAUGUUCUGUGCUGGAAAAAUAUAAUGUCGGCCAAAUUUUUGGCAGGUUUCAAUGGUUUUCUCUCUAAUAAUCGGUACGUUUUAAUUAAACUGAUUUUUGGUGGAAUAUGUGUAAAACUGUAUCAAAGAUCGAUUGACAGAUUUAGUGAAAGAAUAAGUAUUUAUUCAGGAUUUAUCUUCUACAAUUGCUAAAAGUAAAAUGUUUCACUUAAAAAUGUACUUUAAACAUUCUUUCUUUGCGAUUCAUUACAUUUUUGUAGAUCUGUGCAACAACAAAUUGAGUCAGUCGGGUAUCAGAGCGCCAAAAAAGGAAAGACUGUGAAUCACAUUCAGAACAGACAUUAUAGAAAAAUACUUAAAAAAUGAGAAUCUUUGAUUUUCCAAAAAGGGAGCAUGCAAAGAAGAAGAGUUGUUGUUUUAUUUUUAUUUAUGUUGUGUUGUUUGAUUUAUGCAGUAUUCUGUCCUGUCGAAAUGAUUGUACCAUUUGAUCAUAUUAAAUCAUUUUUGGCUCAUGA